AUGUCUGGCAGACGAAGUCGAGCUCGCAAACCCCGGGCCAGGAGGACGGGCAGGGCACAGAAGACCACGGGCCAGCAGGGCCCUGAGGCCAAGCCGCUGCCCCCUGCCCCAAGGGGCCCUCGGGACGAGGCAGGGGUGGCCCCUGCGGGGCACGUGACUGGCAGCAAGCUGGCUCCCCAGGGACACCCCAGAGUGGCCAGACCAGAGCAGCCACAGGUAGCCAAGAGGCCGGAGAAGGCCACCGCUCUGGGGUCCGAGCUGGCGCCGGUCCCCGCUGCGGACGUGGAAGGCUGCGGGGCAGGCGGCCUCACGCCGGGCUGGGGCCCCGAGCCGCUGAGGCUCCGCGAGGUCCAGCUGUGCCUGGCCCAGAAGCAGCUGCAGCUGGAGGACCGGCGGCGGCGGGUCCAGCUGCAGAUGCAGCUGUGGCCGCAGCAGCUCCGGGAGGAGCAGGCCUGGGUGCAAGUGGAGGGGCUGGAGCUGGCCAUGGCCUUGGAGCAACUGCGGAGCGAGGGCCUUGAGGCGCUUCGGACCCAGGACCGGGUAAGGCCUGGAGGGGGUGUGGAGGUGCGGGAGGCUCCGGACCAGCCCCGGGGGCGUGGUGACCCUGCGGGCCACCUACAGGUCCUGCAGGGCUCCAGGAGGCCGGAGCCCGGUGGAUGUGUGCCGCGGCACACCUGUGGGCCCGCUUUCACGUCUGCACAGUGA